GGAUCAAUACACAGGCUCGGGCCUGUUCUUUGCAAGCUAGUCGAUCCCAAACUCCGUGUCAAGAUUGUGAAAUUGGUCAAAUCCAAAUUCCGGUUCAACCUUUUCAACCCAUUAUGCUCUAGGAUACAAUCGAUCUCCAGGUCUACUCAAUUAACAGCAAGAAGGAAAGGGGGAAGAGUAUAAAUGUCCAAUGAAGGAAGGCCACCUAUAUGGGGCAAUGCACUUCCAGUAAAUCAUCACAGAUAGAAGGUUUCCUAGGGAAAAAGAGAAACAACAUAGAGCAACAGGCAAACAAUAAGAAGACAUCAAAAAUGGAUAAAGGGGGAAAAGGAGCAGUUACAAGAGGACAGGCGACUAGGUUUGGCUUUAAAAGACCACCUCUUUGUCCAAGCCCAUCUUUACCACCAACAGCCCCUCCAGCACUUCCUUCAGUUCCUGCAGCACAAGUUACUAGAGAAACAAUUGAGCCAAUUAAAUUGACAUCUGUUCAACUAAGAAAUGGUACGCCUAAGCUCGGAAGGAGUAAAAAAGACACAGGCAAAGCUGCUAACAGGUUUGGCUUCGUCCCUCCACCUUCGCUCUCAAAUAAAGUGUCUGAUCUCAAGCAAGAAGGCCAGUCAGGGCAUGCUAAAAACACUAUCUCCUCUUCUGCACUCAAAUUAAGUGCAAGGAGUCGUUCAGAAACAAGAUACAAUAAACCAAGCCAAAAAAAUAAUUCAAGCAACUUGAGCAACUGUAAUAGUGUAGCAAAUUCAAACACCAGUAUCAAUUCUGAUAUAGGAAGGGGACCUUCAGAUAGUCAAGCAAGCUAUAAGCAUCAGGCAACUGCAAGGAUACCAACAUCAGCCAAUUAUAGUUCUUCCUAUGGAUCCACUGCUGCUGAUAAAAGGGCAAAAACAGUUGCAAACAACCAGACUGCGCGUACCUCGCAGAUAAAUGACCAAAAGGUGAACAGGAAUAACUCAGUGCUGGAAAUUCAACAGCUAGAACACAGUCCAAGUCUUGGACAUAAAUUCAGACAUGCCCAUACAAAACCAGCGACAAAUAACCAGAAAGCCAGACCAAUGGAGAUGGUAUUCAAUCCAGCACCUGGGAAAAGGUUUGACUUAAGGGACCUUAUUCCCAUUCAGACAGUGGACAGAAAUGAGAGGGUUGAGGCAGAAGCCAGUCCGCCUCAAGGGACUAGACACGAAGGUCAACAUUCCCUUAUUGCCGAGAGGAUAAGACGUGAAGUAGUUCUUACACCACCCACCCUUGAAACUAACGAAGACGACAAACAAGGCGAAGAGAAACAAAGAAGGGAUAAAAAAGCAAGUGAGAAGAUUCAUCAGAGUAGUGGAGAGGAGAGCACGGGCGAGGAGGAACUUUGGGCAGGGCCUGGAGAAGCCAUGGCAAUGGAUGAGUCUAUGGUUUGUUCUGCUAUAUCUGAACUUGAUCACUCACCUGAAACAAUGAAUCAACCAUUGAGAUCUGUUCUUCUAAGGAUAGAAGACCCAACAUUUGCUACACUAGCAGCAUUCUCAAAUUCAGGAAUGCUGGAAGAUGAAACCUCUCCAGAAUCCCCUGAUAUAAGCUGCAGUUCCCCAAGUUCAGUCGAACCUCUUCCUCCUCCACCCCAAAACCUCAGUAAACCAGGCACCCCAGAUACACCUGGCAGUCCAACUCAUGGGACAAAUUCUUUAAGUUCUGAUACCAAAGAGAGAGAUUUUCUCAUUGAUGAUGAAAUUGCUGACCAGCCUGGAUUGGUCUUUGACUCUGCUAUCAGGGAGGAACCAUCAAUCCUUGAUACGUCAAGAACAAUUGCAAAAAUAGCAGGAGAAGUUUCACAAGUUUUAGCAUCAGUGGAUCAGAAUGGAGGAUUGGAUCAUUUGAACAGGCUAAACAAGCAGCACGGAAGCACAAAUUCUGUCGGGACUCUUUCACCUUGUGAAAGCCUUGCAAGUGAUGAUUUGAUGGCUGAUUUCGAUAAAAGUGAUGUCUCAGCAUUUGACGACGUAAAUCAUUCGAGUGAAUCACCGUUAAAAUCAGAAAUUCUGAAUAGAAGUGAUCAAGUUAUUAAGGAAUGGAAUGCAUUGCUACACUCUCAUCCAGGGCUUAAUGGAAUACGUACUUCCUCAAAGCCCACCAAAACAAGGCUACGUAGUUCCGCGAGUGGAACUGGGGAGGUGAAGCCGAAAUCAAAUGUGUCGAGUCCACAUAAGACCAAACAACAGCAGGUUGUUCGCCUAGCCGGUGAUGAUGCAUCAGAUGAUUCUGGAAUAAAAGUAAACGGCUUUUCUGUUCAACACCUAGCGCAAGAUGUCUCUUACAUCAAAUCAAUGCUUCUCAGACUCCAAAGGGUGCUCCAAGAGCCUGAAAAUCAAGGACUUUAUGAAAAUGGCUUAAUGGAAAUCUUGGAAAGCCCUCAGGGAGGAAUUCCUUCAGUACAGCCAGCAGGUGAGCCGUUGGAGGUUCGAGAUUUACGUAGACAGAUUUUUUUAAUGCAGCUGGAACUGGAGGAGAAGGACAGGCAGAUGCUGAAGCUGAAGGAGGAGCUCAAAAUCUCAAAUGACCGGAUGUCCAAAUUCAACAUGAAUCAGGAGAAAGUCAAAUACUCGAACAUGGCCACUCAAACAGACAGGAUACGUCCAGCUUCGACAACCUUGUUCCAAAAUUCGCCUGACAGUGCUAAAGCAUCAUUUGUAAGUAUGAAUGAUACCCAGGAUGAAAUACAGAAGCACCGUCCAACUAGCGGAGGACAUGAGAAUGAAGGAGUAGUUGAUCUGAUCAAAACCCAAUACACUAGAACUUCUCCAGAACAUCAUCAUAACAAUCGCCCUUCAUCCAAACAAUAUAGUUACAGAAUAUCAUGAAAGGGACAACUUUGUUUUUCAAGUCUUUUUUUCUGUUUUGUUUUAAAGAUGUAAAUAGAAAUCUAGUCUUUUUUUAUUUAUUUGAUGAAAUAGUUAAUGUAAAUAGUUAUAUUAAAGUUGUUAUAUUAUAAAAAUAGAAAUUGCUGUUAAUUGACUGUACUUAUUUUUGUAUCAAAUUAGGCACAAAGUUAAACUUAAACCCUAACCAAAUUAUAGUUAAAAUCUUUUAGCACAAUUAUUGUUCCAAAAAUGAGAAACAAACUUGCACAAGGAGUUAUGAGGUGCAAAAAUGUCAUAUCUGGAAAGAAAAUUGUGUUUAAAACACUUCUUUCAAUUAUUUAUUAAUAUAAUAAAUUCUCCAAUUGUUAUUUUUUGUUUUGUAACGUAAAUUACCAACCUAACAGUACUAUUCAGCUCUCACAGUAUAAUGUGUAAGAGAAAGAAGGUAAUUCAUUUACAGCGAGUGUAAAACAAUAAUAAAUUAGAUUAAUAAAAAAAAUGGCCAGAUAAAAUGGGAAAUAAAUUCUAUAGAAAGUCAUGCCUCAAGUUUUAGAUUUCAUUAACGACAAAAUUAACAAAACAAAAUUGACACCUUUUGAUCUUCUUGUGCCAGUUAAAACAAAGCUUUUGUUAUGUAUAUGGAAAAUUAAGGAUGCAUACUUAUAAUAAAUACCUUCAAAAAGUUGGUAACAAACUUUAAACAUAUUAUAUACGUCAUAUUUCUACAAUGUGUGUUUUUCUGUAUAUAUUAAUUUACAUGUUUAAUGAAUCAAUUAGAUGAAAUAAAGAAAGACUGUGAAAUUACUUUAAACAUUCAAAGCUUUUCUAAGUUUAACCAAAGAACAGUAACUACAAAUAGCCCUGAUGUUUAUGUAAUUUAUUAAUAGAAAAUGUUUUAUGUGUUGAUGAAUGUGUGUAACAUAAUGCAUGUAUAGGUUUAUUAAAGUUGUGUUACAUCCCUAUUCAGAGUUUAUCGUGUAAAAGACAUAAUCAAAUGAAUUGUUUUCCUAUAUUUAUUUGUGAUAUUUUUUAAAUUUAUUUAAGAAGCCUCUUUUAUUAACUGUGGCUAUAAAAUUGAUUAGAAAAAAAAUAUACAUAAACUACUUCUGGUGGAGAAAAAUCUUCCAGCUACAUUUUUCCACCAGUCAUAUGACUGUAAUAUUUAGAAAGAUAAUAUUUAAUGUGAGAAGAUAUACAAUUAUUUUGUUAUUUUGUAGUAGCUUAGAAAUAAUAUAGUU